GGGUAAAAGUAGGUCGAGGUUCCAGGACAUUUCAUUGGCUUUUCCCUCCUUUGCUCCAUACACAGCCCAGUAAUAACUGGGCAGAAAUUCGGGUGACAACUCGAGUUGACCCGUUCAGGAUCACCCAAUGCUGCCAAGCGCCAACUCAGCAGAAGUGGAGUCUGUCAACUUCCUUUCAAGUGUUUAACGCUCAACUUACCAUUGAUGCUUGAUCCUUGGGAUGUACUCCGUAAUCUGAAGGGAAAAGGUUAUGUGUGCUGCAUGUGCAUGGUAUUAUGAUCAUAAGUGUUUAAUCACCUGAGAGGAAUAUAGAGAGAGACUAUUGGGCCAAGUAAAGGCUCCAUAGAUAAAGGAUUUCUAAUAAUUAUGUGUGUACUCCGGUGUAAGAUAGCGAUUUACUGUACUCCGUGGUACCUGUACAUACUAAAGUAGUACGUAUGUGCGGAGUGAACUAAGGAAGAACGAGAAUGGUGUAUGUGAUAGAUAGACUGGAUGGACAGGAGACUGCGGGUCGAUGAAAAGGAAGGAACGGAAGGGAAGGAAAGGGAAGGGAAGGAGUCUCGUGACCCAUGACUAAGGAUUUCCCUUUCAGGUCGUCGCGUCCUUGGUUUUUCAUGCCUGUGGGAUCAGGCAGCAGCUGCGGUCCGGACUAAACCCUUUUCCUCGUUUUUCUUUGUCGUUGUCUUCAUCAAUCCAAGAAGAUCGUCGUUGGGUUCGCUUUCAACCCUUUCGAUGCUUCUCCCUCUUUAGUCCCCGACGACGACCACGAGGCUGGGUCUCAUACAUCUUUGCAUCCCGCGAUUCCCUCUCUUCGUUUAUCGUACCUGCCCAAAAUUCAACAAAAAAAGGGGAAACUAUCAUUAACCAAACUGCUGUCCAUAUCAUGGCGCCCGUUAAUAUCAUGGCGCGUCUCAAGUCUUUGUACUCGAAACAUUACGACGAGCCGGUCAUUUCGGUCCAGGCGGCCGCUUGUUUUUCGAUCCUUCUAACCCUGAUCUAUGUGGUCCCGUUCUAUGUUUCUACCACUACUCGGCCAUCUCCUACCCUUAGCCGAGAUGCCCCAUCGGUUAUCCGGGCUAGAAUCCGGGCUGUGACUUCUUCCUGCGUCAUCAGCACCUUGGCCGUUUUCUGGUUGAUUAUCGCUAAAGACAAUGCCCCUGUUUCGGAGGCUCUCAGACUUCUAGGAUGGUGGCCCGUCGGCCUCCUGGAAAUCGCUCGUUCCCUGGCACUGACGGCCAUCCUCUUUACCGGGCCCCUAUUCGAACGGGGGAUCGCCGAAGGUGAAUGGAGGGACUGGAUCAGGGGCCGUAGGGUUUCCGAAACACUUCGAGGCUGGAUUGGGUGGAGAAACUACGUCGCUGGUCCGAUCACCGAGGAGAUCAUGUUCCGUUCGGCCAUCGUGCCUCUCCAUGUACUUGCUAGAGUGUCCCCGGGUCACAUCGUUUUCAUGGCUCCCCUCUACUUCGGGAUUGCCCAUGUACAUCAUUUCUACGAGUUUCGCCUGACUCACCCUGACACCUCGAUCAUCGCGGCGAUGUUUCGGUCUAUCUUCCAAUUCAGCUACACCACCAUCUUUGGUUGGUAUGCCACCUUCAUUUACCUGCGAACUGGGUCUCUCCCAGCUGCUAUUCUCGCCCACACCUUCUGCAACUGGUGUGGCCUUCCACGUUUAUGGGGCAGAGUUGAGGCCGUGUUGCCCAUCGAUCCGCCUCUAGUCAAAGGUAAAGAAAACCCGGACCGGCAUAUAUUAUAUGAAUAUACCCAGCUUGGUGUUGGAUGGAGCGUCGCGUACUAUGCUCUUCUGGUAGGAGGUGCCGUUGGAUUCUAUUGGGCGCUGUGGCCCUUAACCAUCUCAAAUAAUGCUCUGGUUUCUUUCACCCCUAGGUGAUUCAUCAGCCAGGCAGAACGAAAAUAUAUUCCUACGCGAUAACCCUCUCAUCUUGCUGAAUAUAUACGGCAUACUAUUCAAUCUCCUCGGCAAUAUCGGCGCGCCUUGUUAAUUUGUGAAUUGGGGAAACGGACAGGCAGAGACGUUGAUUGUUGGCUUUGAUGCGGAGAAAGUAAUGAUAAUGAGAUAUAAUAUGUACAAAUUUAUCUGACUAAUAUAAGAAAUAAUUGACCAUCGUCAACAUGUUGCACCUGAACAGCUAACUGCAUUGGCCAACUUGGAACCAACUUAAUUAUCUAUACUCUGUGCAGAAGGUAAAAUGUAAACAUCCUACCCAAAAUGCGCUGGGCGACCAAACCACCAAACUCCGUUAUCUCCGACGCCGCCUCGGAGACUCGGACUUCCUUCCUCGCCUACAUAUCGAUAACUAC